AUGGGUGAACAGCACGUGGUGCUGAGUGUCAACGGCACAGAGGAACCCUUGGUCAAGGAGGUGUCACCAUUCACUUUCACAGAUGGCAGUGUAUACACUGUGUGGGUGGAUUAUGAGCAUCGGAAUCCCAGCAGCAUUCAAGUGUUCCUGGCGGAUUCAAAGAUGAAGCCAGAGGAGCCACUGCUGCAGGGGAAGGUGUCGCUGUGUGCGGUGCUGCAGCCUGGAGUGAAGCAGACGGCGUUCUCAUUUGGUUUUGUGGCGUCCAACACUGUGAAGCCCUUCCAGCUACAAGGCAUUUACUCCUCCGCUGUGCAAACAGGCAAGGUUAUUUCGGCAGGCGCUCCUUUACCCAAGCCAGUCCAGUCCAAUGAGCAAGCUUCACCUUGCUUCACCGUCGCCUUCCUCUCAGAUGCGUGCUGGGCGUAUGCAGUGGUGGCGAGUGUGGAGGCGGCAUACGGCAUUGCAAAGCAGCAGAGCGCUCCCCGGCUGGCUGUUGAGGCGCUCUUUGCGCUCAUGGGGCUCUCCGACUCUGACAAGUGCUCCGCUGGCGGCUCCCCCACGCAGGCCUUUGAGAAGCUUGUGGCACUUGAUGCCACCAGUGGGCUCACAGGGGCCAGCGACCCGGCAACUACAUACCCGGUGCAGGUGUUUGAGCAAGCGCAGUUCAAGGGGUAUGUGGGUCUCAUGCUGGCAGUGCAGCGGCAGCCAGUGUUGGUUCACAUCGAGGCAUCUCCAACCUUCAUGCGGUAUGAUGGGACCUUUAAAUACCAGGAUCCUGGUUGCUACACAGGCAAUCUCAACCAUGUUGUACUCGUUAUUGGCUACUUCAUUACAAGAAAUGAUGGCAGCCAGAACCGCAUUGCUCCUCCGUUUUGGAUCAUCCGCAACUCGUGGGGAGAGGAUUGGGGCAACAAGGGCCACAUUCGCAUGGACAUUCAGGGAGGGGACGGCGUGUGUGGCAUCAACGUGCUGCCUGGCAUCUACCCCAUUGUAAAGAAGGUCCCCCAGAGGUGGCUGGGAGUGUGCAGACCUUAUACCCCUUUUUAUUCCCCAAUAUUUCCCCUCACUUUCAUCAUAGUAACCAUGCUUGUCUUAACUCUCUGUACUAUCUGCCUCCUCGAUACGCGUGUGGCAGUGGACGUGUGUGGGUCAUACUUCAAGAACCCCUGCUACGUGGGAGCAUGCAUCAACGAUGGCAAGGGCUCUUACUCUUGCAUUUGCCCUCCCAACCACGUUCAAAGCACAACAGUUGACGGUUUCCCCACCUGCGAUCCAACUAACACCACGGCCACCACAGUGACAGUCAGUGGAGACAACUGGUGGUGCUCAGAUGUUCAUCGGCUUAUUGGCCUCUCACUGACUGACUUCACAGACCAAAACAGAGGCAUUGACUGCAGCCAGCCAUUGCCCAAGGGAAGUGUCCUUCAGCUGGCUAAUACUCCUGCCACACCAUGCACUGCUUUCUUCUACUCCCUCAAUGUGAGACCUGCUGCUUUCUUGCCCACACCACAACAUGCACUCGACCAACUUGCAUAG